GUAUCUGUUGGGAUGAAGCAAGAGGAUCUGGAGAGGCUGAACCUUCCUUUGAUGUCAACUGGCAGUGAGAAUGAGGAUCCAUCCGCCGCAGCUUACACAGUGACAGUGGAUUUGAAAACCGGGGCAUCUACUGGAGUGUCAGCCUCGGAUAGGGCGAAGACUAUUCUUGCUCUUUCGUCUCCAGAUUCUAAGCCGCAAGAUUUCAGAAGACCAGGCCAUGUAUUUCCACUCAAGUAUAGAAAUGGUGGUGUUCUAAGGAGAGCUGGUCACACUAAAGCUUCAGUGGAUUUAGUUUCACUUGCUGGCUUGCGGCCUAUAUCUGUUCAACUGCAAUUCUUGAUGCUGAGGAUGGCUCUAUGGCCCGAUUACCCGCUUUAAGAAAGAUAGCCAAGGAGAACAGCAUACCAAUCAUCUCAAUCAUGGAUCUCAUCCGGUGAGUUAGAAAUAAGAUAUUGGGCUGAAUUUUUCAUGUGAUUUUUACAUUAAGACAAAGUGAUGUUGUCCAAAUUGGUUGGAAUGAAUGGCUGUUCUUAUUUCACUCUCCAUAUGAGGUAUUAUAUGAUGCUCGGCUGAGCAAAAGCAUAACUUUUAUUUAUUUAUUAUGUAUGUCCCUGUAAUGGUAUAAGUAGAACUACCAUUUGGUAACCUAAGCUGUUGAUCUGGUGAGCUCCUAAUCAUAGGUUGAGCCAUAGCUAGUAUAUUGCCCAUCAGAUGAUCCUAGCCAAUUGAUGCAAAUGGACAAAAUAUAACCGAAAGUCCAUAUUUAAGUGCGGCACAGUCGGUUCGGAUCAUCUGAUGGGGAAGAUCUUUGGAAUAUCUUGCAUCUCUCUAGGCUAACCAUAUGAUUGAUUUUUUAUCCCCUUUACACAGAUCUGCAUGUACAGUUUAUUGAGCCAAGCAAGUUCUCAAUUGAAGAGUGUACAUUUCAUCCCUUUGAAGUGGAAGAAUCUCUCCAUGGGUUAUGUGGAUUGGUGGAAUCCUCUGGAAAACUGUGGAAGUGAAAUCAAUUUCAACAAAUUUGACAUUUCAACUGUUCGUGAAACAAAUGUAUUUGAGGAAAUCGAUUUCCAUUUCCACAAUUUUCCUCGAAAAGCAGCAAC